GGCGCUGCGGCGGCCUUGGCCGCGGAGGCAGCGAGCGAGCCCGGCUGGCGGCGGCGAGGGCGCGCCGGCCCCCAGCGCUCCCGGGGCGGACCCGGGGGAUCCCCCUCGCCAUGCAGACCCGGCAGCGCCUGCUGCCUCCCGAGGAUCAAGUAGAACACCCUGAUUCAGCAGAGCUGGCUGGUUGUGCUGCAGUCAUCAUGAGAAGGCACAGGGUCAUUUGUUUCUUAACCUAUGUGUAAGAAAAAGGUUUAGACAAGGAUCUGGUGGUCGUUCCCUGACAAAUGGAGAACUAUUUCCAAGCAGAGGCAUAUAACCUCGAUAAGGUUUUAGAUGAAUUUGAGCAAAACGAAGAUGCCACUGUUUCACCUACUCUGCUGGGUGCAAAGUGGAAUCAGAUUCUAGAUCCGCCUUCUCGCCGCCUGUCAUUCAACUCAGCUGUGGCCAAUGUGAAUGAAGCUACAACUCCUGAUGAAUGUCAGCAGAGAUUAAAGUCUUUCUCCUUGUCCCACUCAGUGACCACACCAACAGUAGGAGGGGAUUGCUGUGCUAAUGGAAAGGAUUUUAGCAUAAGCCCAGAGACCCCAGUCAUGUGGAUUGAUGAUCAGGCAGCAGCAGAUGAUCAGUUGAUUAAAAGAAAUAGUAAUCGAGAUGAUCAGUGUAACUCUAUGGAAGCAGGAGAAAAGAAAUGUGGAAAUACAGCUUACUUGCCAGAGGAGAAAAAUGUGCUAGUGGUGGCAGUCAUGCACAACUGCGACAGAAGAACACUACAAAGUGGUGAUGUGGUGGAUUGUACAAAUUACAGCAGUCAGUCCCUAAUGGACUCUAUUAGCUUUACACUGGAUAAUGAAAACCGACAGAGUGACCAGUUUAGUGUUACUGUAAAUGGAUCCACAGAAAAGGAUAUUGAUACAGAAAAGCAAGUAAACAGGCUCUGCACUGAAGAUGACUCUGUAAGUCAUUUGAUUAAUGCUUCGUCUGAAAGCCUGCCCGCUGCAUGCCCCUCCUCUCAAUUAAAGGAGGAUUUUAAUAUGAGUAAAGAUUUGCUCUUUUCAGAAGCUACAACUGCAGGGAUCAAUGCAGUGACUCUCUUACAGAGACCAGUUGAUGGUACUGCUAAAAUGCAAGAAAAUUGUGCGUCAGUUGAAAAUUUCACUAGUAAAGCCAUUCCUCAGAGAACAGAUCUGGAAGCUAAAAACUCUUCUGGUUCCAGUAGUGGAAGCUUAAUCAUAGAACAGGAAGCAGCCCAGCAGUUGCAGUCUAGGCUAUCUGGGCUCACCGAAACCUGUCAACCUAACGUGGCUGGAAGUGGCAAUUACAAGGAAUGUGUUGCAGAGGAUGUUAGUGCCACUGAAAGCAGAGUCAUUGAAUGUGAUAAAAAUUUCAGCACAACGGAAUUGCACAGCAUGGCAGAAUGUUACCCUGAAUCUCAGGAGAUGACUAAUUGGGAGCUGACAAAGUUGAAUGAUAUGAAUAAUAAGCAAACUCUAGGAGAGAAUGAAAGACUUUUGCAGACCAAACAGCCUGAUGAUGCAUGUGGAAAUAGCAAAGAAGAUGAAGAUGGGGUAUUGGAGGCAGGCAUAGACUCAAAAGGAUCUGGUACAGAUGAGCUUGGAGGGUCCAGUCUCUCUGAUGUGAUGGCUACAUCAGCAGCAAGCUCUCUGUCUAAUGGUUGUGAUUCCUAUGGAAUGCAGAACCCAGUUGUUGCUCAUGUCCCAAAGACUGUACCCUCCAAGGAAGACUCCGUAACAGAGGAAAAGGAGAUUGAGGAGAGCAAGUCAGAGUGUUACACUAAUGUUUAUGAACAGAGAGGAAAUGAGACUACAGAAGGGAGUGGUCUUAUUUUAAACAGCACUGGUGACCACAUAAAGAAAAAUUAUUUGCAUAAUCUUUGUAGUCAGGUUUCAUCCAUGCAAGGGCAGACUUCACCAAAACCAGUGACUAAUCUGCAAUAUAUCAGUGUUCCUUUUGGUGGUGCAAGACCUAAACAACCCACAAAUCUGAAACUGCAGAUUCCGAAGCCAUUAUCGGACCACUUACAAAAUGAUGUUAUUCCCCCAAAUUGUGGAGGUAAUAGCAAAAACAAAAAUGUCUUUGGUAAGACACAGUUAGGGGAUACAGCAGACACGUUUCCUGGUGAAACAUCUUCAAAUGCCUCUGGUACUGGUUCUAAUGGGGAACAUUUGGACGAGUAUGAAUCUGGAGUCUCUAAUAGUUCGUGCCUUGCAGUAGCCCCAGAUAGUCCAGAUAAUGAUCUCAGAGCUGGUCAGUUUGGAGCUCCAGCCAGAAAGCCUUUUACGACUUUGGGUGAGGUGGCUCCAGUGUGGGUUCCAGAUUCUCAAGCACCAAACUGUAUGAAAUGUGAGGCCAGAUUUACAUUCACCAAAAGAAGGCACCAUUGCAGAGCCUGUGGGAAGGUGUUCUGUGCUGCGUGCUGUAGCCUGAAGUGCAAGCUGCUGUACAUGGACCGAAAAGAAGCCAGAGUGUGUGUGAUCUGCCACUCAGUGCUGAUGAAUGCUCAAGCCUGGGAGAACAUGAUGAGUGCCUCAAGCCAGAGCCCUAACCCUAACAAUCCUGCUGAAUACUGUUCUACUAUCCCUCCUUUGCAGCAGGCUCAGGCCUCGGGCGCCCUGAGCUCCCCGCCUCCCACUGUCAUGGUACCUGUGGGAGUUCUAAAGCAUCCUGGAGCAGAAGUGGCUCAGCCUAGAGAACAAAGGCGUGUUUGGUUUGCUGAUGGGAUUUUACCCAAUGGAGAAGUUGCUGAUGCAGCAAAGCUGACAGUGGCUGGGACAACUUCCACAGGAACCUUAGCAGUGUCUCAUGAUCCAUCAAAGCCCAUGGCCAACAACACUUUAUCAGCAGAAACUGAUAAUGCCUCUGUAUUCUCGGGAAAUAUAACUCAGGUUGGCAGUCCUGUUGGCAGUGCAAUGAAUCUGAUUCCUGAAGAUGGUCUUCCUCCAAUUCUCAUCUCCACUGGAGUAAAAGGAGACUAUGCUGUGGAAGAGAGACCUUCUCAGAUCUCUGUCAUGCAGCAGCUGGAGGAUGGUGGCCCUGACCCUCUAGUAUUUGUUUUAAAUGCUAAUUUGCUGUCCAUGGUAAAAAUCGUAAAUUAUGUGAACAGGAAGUGCUGGUGUUUCACCACGAAGGGCAUGCAUGCAGUGGGGCAGUCGGAGAUCGUCAUUCUCCUGCAGUGUUUGCCUGAUGAGAAAUGUUUGCCUAAGGAUAUCUUUAACCAUUUUGUGCAACUUUACCGGGAUGCCUUAGCAGGUAACAUUGUUGGCAACCUGGGACACUCCUUUUUCAGCCAGAGCUUCCUUGGAAGCAAAGAACAUGGAGGGUUCUUGUACGUUGCAGCGACCUAUCAGUCCCUGCAGGACCUGGUGCUCCCAACCCCACCAUAUUUGUUUGGCAUCCUCAUCCAGAAGUGGGAGACUCCCUGGGCCAAGGUGUUCCCCAUCCGGCUGAUGCUGAGACUCGGAGCUGAAUACAGGCUUUAUCCAUGCCCACUUUUUAGUGUCAGAUUCCGUAAGCCUUUGUUUGGAGAGACUGGACACACAAUCAUGAACCUCCUUGCAGACUUCAGAAACUACCAGUACACACUGCCUGUGGUCCAAGGCUUAGUAGUUGAUAUGGAAGUCAGAAAAACCAGCAUCAAAAUACCUAGCAACAGAUAUAAUGAGAUGAUGAAAGCCAUGAACAAAUCCAACGAGCACGUGCUGGCAGGGGGAGCGUGUUUCAAUGAGAAGGCAGACUCGCAUCUGGUGUGUGUGCAGAACGAUGACGGCAACUACCAGACACAGGCCAUCAGCAUCCACAACCAGCCCAGGAAAGUGACUGGUGCCAGCUUUUUUGUGUUCAGUGGAGCUUUAAAAUCCUCUUCAGGCUACCUUGCAAAAUCUAGUAUAGUGGAAGAUGGAGUGAUGGUCCAGAUAACUGCUGAGAACAUGGACUCUUUGAGACAGGCCUUGAGAGAGAUGAAAGACUUCACCAUCACCUGUGGCAAAGUAGAUGCUGAAGACCCUCAGGAACACGUUCACAUUCAGUGGGUAGAAGAUGAUAAAAACUUUAAUAAGGGCGUUGUGAGCCCUAUUGAUGGCAAAUCCAUGGAAUCUAUAACCAGCGUGAAGAUAUUCCACGGCUCUGAGUACAAGGCCAACGGGAAGGUCAUCCGGUGGACAGAGGUGUUUUUUCUGGAAAAUGAUGAGCAACACAAUGGUCUGAGUGACCCAGCUGAUCACAGCAGACUGACUGAAAAUGUGGCAAAAGCUUUCUGUCUGGCUCUGUGUCCUCAUCUGAAACUGCUGAAAGAAGAUGGAAUGACUAAGCUGGGUCUGCGUGUUACACUGGACUCGGAUCAAGUUGGUUAUCAAGCUGGGAGCAAUGGACAGCCACUGCCCUCUCAAUACAUGAAUGACCUGGACAGUGCCUUAGUGCCAGUGAUUCAUGGAGGGGCCUGUCAGUUGAGUGAGGGGCCAGUCAUAAUGGAGCUCAUCUUUUAUAUUCUGGAAAACAUCUCAUAAGAGGACUUCAUUUUCUGUUCAGACCUGUUCCAGCAGCAGUUGUAUCUGAAUCAUUUGCACUUUAAAACUGGAAAAUUAAGCUUUUGUUAACACUAUUGGGGAAGGGGGGGAGGGGGGUGGGACAGUUGUUCCAUAAUUCUAAAUCUUCUAUGCAUUGUCAACAACCAGAGGAUCAGGGCAGCUUCUAUACUACAACAUGGCUAUGCUAUCCUUGCAGCUAAUCCACUUCUGUUACUGUUUAGGAAAAUGCUCAUGUUUAAGAUUUACAGUCAUGUACUCUCAACGCUCAACGGGUGCAAAGAUCACUGGGGCGCAAAUAAAAAGUGAAAUUCCAACCUUGUACUGUCUGUAGAUGGACAUGUAAGAAACAACGAUCAAGAUCUCCAUUCUGACCUCA